AUGAACGGACACCCGCCGGCGGCCUCUGCGCCCGCCGCGCCCCCAGCCGCGAAUGGCCAGCACGUUGCUCAGCGCCCUCGACCGCCCGCGAAGAAAGCGGGCGGAGCGCUGCGAGCGCCGCGAAAGCCGCUCAAGAGCAUCACGCGCCCCAUGGUGUCAUUGACCAAGAUGAACGAGAUGAAGGCCCCGGCCGAACCUACAGGCCCCCCGGACAGCAGGCAGGAGGCAGACGCGCUCCGGCAAGAGUACAUCAGACAGGGUGCCAACGUAUAUCCCCUGGUAGUCACGCGUCGCGAUCUGAAGGAGCUGCGGCACCAUGUCAUGCGCCUGCAGCACAAGGGCCCAGUCGACAUCCAAGACAACCAGCAGUUCACCCCCCCAAUUCGCCUUCAUCGCCGAGAUCCGCGCGCCCCUCCCAGUGGUGCAGGCUCGCACUUUGAGGAGGAGGAGACAAAGGAGGACAUGGAGGAAAUCAAGGAGCGCGAGCGCAUCGAGUUACAGAAGGAAGACCGCCGCAAGGUCCGCGAAGAGAACCAAGCAAAGAUUGCGCCGACGGGCAAGACCAAGACGCAAGCUUUCAAGAAAAACAUCGAGCAAAAGUAUCGCGCCGAUGACACUCCAGAGGCCAAGAAGCGCCAGCUACUGCGAUACGAAGAGACGCUGCCCUGGCAUUUGGAAGACUUCGAGAACAAGCAGACGUGGGUUGGUACAUACGAGUCGGAGCUGUCAGAGGCUCACGUGAUGCUUUCCAUGGAUCCCACCAACGGCCACAACGCUGUCUACUUGGCUCCUAUGGAGCGCUGGUACCGGUUCAACGUCAAAAGUAAGCUCAAGCCUACCGGAGACGAUGUGGACAAGAUUGCCUUUAAGAUCGAAAACGUGGGCGGUUUUCUUGGAAGACUUGAGGCUCAGGCCGCCAGGAAGCAGAGGGAUGAGGCCAUGUCAAAGAUGGGCAGGGGCAUGGCGACCAGAUUAGGUGGUGGCGCCGAUGACGAAGGCAGGAUCCGUCGGCCUAUUGAUUUUGAUGGAGGUGGUGCAGCCAUCAAGCGCGAGGCAGACGCUGAUGACAUCGACUUCAACCUUGACGAAGACUUUGCCGAUGAUGAAGAGGGCCUUAACGGCUUGUUCGAGGGAGAGGCCGAGGAAGUAAAAGAAGCUGAAGAAAAGUUGAAGAGAGAUCGCCUCGCUGCUUCUUUGUGGGACAGACCGGACGAAGCACAGCUUGCACUAGAAGAAGAACUGGAAAAGAAGUUUGCAGAGGAAAACAAGCUGGCCGAGAAGGAGAGCAGGAAGCGGAUAGCUAAAAGAGAGAAACGCUACGAUGUUCUCGACAGUGACGAAGAGAAUCCAUACGUUACUUCCAGUGAGUCAGAUACCGAUUCUGAGACUGAGCGGUUGCGGGCCAAAGAAGAGCAGGAGAAGAAGGCACUCGAGGCGGAUGGAAAGGCACCUGAUGGAAGCAAUCUUCCUUCAGGUGCAUCGAGCAAGGGUAACAAUACGCCAUCUGGAAACCACAAGUCCGUUGAUGUCAAGAGCAAAAAGCGACCCGGCUCGCCCAAUCUCUCAGAAGCAAGCGGCAAUGAGUCGACUCGGAAGAAGCACAAGAAGAACCGCGAUAGACUUCCUGAUGGAUCACGAAAGUCAGCGCUCGCGAGUCACAGAGGUGCUGCAUCUGGUAGCGACAGUGAGAUGACUGAUGCUGGCAAGCUCAAGAAGAAGUCCAAGAAGUCCAAGCUCGUCAUUGGUGCUACACCAAGUGGCAGCCCAGGUGCAAGCCGCGCAGGAAGUCCAGCAGCAUCUCCCCCAAUGAGUGGCAGUCGCGCUGGUAGCCCCAGCGCUUCCUCGCCCAAGCCCGGCAUGCCUACUGCGAAGGAACUCUACGAAUCUCUCCCACCCACUGGCAUGAACAUCCAGAAUUUGAUCGCCAAAUUCAAGGGUCGUGUCGACAAGACCAACUCUGCGCUUUUCAUUCGCCUCGUCAAAGCUGUCAGCAGCUUCGACAAGGCCAAUAGCUGGUUGACGCCCCUGCCUCAGAUGCCGUCUGAGGAGAGCAUUAACGCUUUUAUGAAUGCCGCUAAGCCCAAGCCUGCGGCAGCAUAG